ACAGCAUCGACUAAACUAGGCAGGCUCAACUGUCCCUCCUGGGCUCUUCAUCUCUUUCCCUUAUCUCUCCCCCGGUUCUUCCUCUCUCUCUCCCCACCCUUUAUGACUUACUCGACUGCAACGCUGGGAAUCUCAGCGCUCAUCUGCUCCGUUGUCGCGUAUACAUUAGCCAAAAUGUUCGGCUUCGGCUUUCGCAACGAAUUCGUCGUUGAUGGCAAGACUGUUGUCGUCACCGGUGGCUCUGAGGGCAUGGGCAAAGCUGUCGCUUGCCAACUUGCCGAAAAAGGAGCACACGUCGUCGUGGUAGCUCGCACAGUCAAGAAGCUCGAGAAUGCUGUCGAGGACAUGAAGGCCGCCGCAAAAGAUCCUUCUACGCAAAGAUUCUACCACAUCAGUGCAGACCUAACUAAUCCCGUCGAAUGCGAGAGAGUGAUCAACGAAACUGUUUCAUGGAAUAAUGGACAGCCCCCCGAUGUUGUGUGGUGCUGUGCGGGAAACAGCAAACCGGGUUUCUUUAUCGACACGCCAAUUCAAACACUGAGAGACCAGAUGGAUGCUGUUUAUUGGACUGCCGCGUACACUGCCCAUGCAGUGCUAAGGAAGUGGCUUGCCCCGGUUCCUGCCAGCGAUGAGUCGAGGUCGAGGUCGCCUCGAAGGCACCUCAUUUUUACCUCUUCCACUCUAGCAUUCGUCCCUAUAGCCGGCUAUGGACCAUAUGCACCUGCCAAGGCUGCAAUGCGUGGCUUGUCAGAUAUUCUGAACCAGGAGAUCGAGAUGUAUAACGGUGCACGAUCCAGAACAAAGAUCCCUGCUCCAGCAGCCGAUGUCAAAAUUCAUACAGUCUUCCCAAUGGGAAUUUUGAGCCCUGGAUUUGAGAACGAACAGAAGAUCAAACCCGGACUGACGAAGCAACUCGAAGAGGCUGAUAGGCCUCAAACCCCGGAGGAGGUUGCCCGUAUUUCGAUCAAAGCCUUGGAACGAGGCGACUAUCUCAUAACAACAAUGAUGCUUGGCCAAUUGAUGAAGGGUACCGCUCUCGGCCCGAGUCCGAGAAACCAUAUCAUCCUCGAUACCUUGACGGGCUGGCUCAGCGGGCUGGUUAUCCUCGGAGUGACUCCAGAUCUGAAGAGGAAGGCAUGGAAUUGGGGCGUGAAGAAUGGUAUUGCCAAUCCAAGCUCUCAGUGAACCUAACCAAGUCUCUUCCGGGUCUACGUUUAUGCCCUCCUAUAUACCCCUUGAUGUCGCCAUGAUGGUGCUUUGACUUGCAUAUGAUUAGUGAUUGUUUUACAUCCUCGUAUUCGUUCUUAUUUGUACCAACCCAAGUUGACGUUGGCAUUCUUAGUGUUAACAGUCCCUGGCCUGUUUUCUAGUGAAAGUCAUUGACUUCAAAUAGUAUGUAUUAUUAUUAAAUGGACGGCUUUCAUUUCUA